AUGAAGACAAACAUCGUCGUACUCAUUGCCCUCGAUAUCUUACCUGUACUUUCCAAGUCCACAGGAGAUCCAGAAAACCAAAUACAAUGUCCUAGUCUUCUUCCAAAUCAGCAUAUUUCCCGUCUUCACUGCAAAACGGCCGAUGGCUCUCUCAUCCAUGUUGACGGGCCAGGACCUUUUGACUGCGAAAUUUCCUACGUCGCCAUCCGUCCUCCGACAAGCAUAGGCAGCACGAACCAAGAUCCGGAAGAAUUGACAACCAACAAGCCUGGACACUGCGAGCUUCUUCUCAUCAAACUUACUGAUGACGGUCUUGUUCAACACGGUUGCUGUAAGGGUGGAACUGCUGUCUUUGUAACACAAGAGCAUCAGGUUCUACAGCCUGUAGAUCCCAACAAUAGUAUGCAAAAGCCUAUACGGCACUUACAGUCAGACGAUCAGAUAAUAGACGAGAAGCUCCAGACCAAGAGCGAAGAGGAGCUCAAAGAUGGAUAUGACGAUGAAGACGAUGAUGACGAUGACGACGAAGGAACGGAUAAGGGAGAAGAAGAUUAUGACGAUGACGACAUAGAGGAGGAGGAUGAUGAAGAUGAAGAGGAGGAUGAAUAUGGAGAAGAGGACUAUGAAGAUUACGGAAUUAAUGAAGAUAUUGAUGAUAGAGACUUAUUUAACUCUAGAGCUAGGCAGGAGCCUGAAGCGCAACAGAAUGCUGAGUCUAGGGAUCUUUAG